UCGAGCGGAGGUUGUGGUUGUCGUCUCCGGGGACUCGCCUUUAGCCCGAGGCGUCCGGGGGUUGGGGCCGCGCCUCUUCCUGCACGGCCGCUCCAGGCCCUUCCACAAGAACCCAGGCUUCGAUCUUGGGCAGGAGCGGAUGGAUAGUCAGACAUCUGGCUGGUAGCUCCCUCGCAGCCGGAGCGCCUUUCACAGCAGAGCAGAGAAGAGCAGGUCUCCAUUGCAGCCCACAGGAAUAAAAUGGAAGGAGAACCAAGCAGAUGGGAAAUCCACACUCCAGCUUUUCACAAGAAAAAGAAAAAGUAUUCAGUCCAUAAGGACAGACAUCAGAGAUGUUCUUGCGACAGUUUCAGACAAUCCCCCCUGGCAAGUGAAACAUCACAUAUAACUAAUAAGAGUAAAAAAAGGAAAAAGGAUUUCCAGCACUUCGUUUCUUCUCCUGUGAAGAAAUCAGAAGCCUGUGAUGAGACUGAAAAGGCCACCUGUGUUCCCAAAAAGAAGAAAAAGAGAAGAAACAGUGCUCUGGGUGUAGACAGGGAAAAAGGUGUUUCAUACAUCCUGGUGGAUAAAAAAAAUACUGAGAACAUGCCAGAGGAUUUUAGAAGGGAUGUUGACGUCGUUUAUGUUAAUAUGAGCAAGAGACAGAAGUCACCAGAAGAGCCUGAAGCAGACAGACCACACGCAGUUACUAAGUCACAUAAACAGGAGUCAGAACGUCACGGUCAAGUUAGGGAGAAAAAGAAUAAAAAGCGGCGGUGGAGAGCCGCAUCCUGUGAUGCCUCGCAGGGGAGCCCGUGUGCCAGCCGCACCCUGGCCCCACCGGAGUUGCAGGAACAGGACUCCCUGCUGUCUGCGGGCCUGGAGGGCGAAACCACCCCUGCCUCACUAUCUGCCCACAGAAGUAAGGUGGAGAAAAAGAAGAAGAGAAAAUUCUCAAAGAACCAGGAGUUUGCGGCCCCGGCAGCGCCCGAGAGUCCCGAGGACGAGCCCUCUGAAGGCGUGUGGGUCCUCGGGGAGGUUGGGCCUGCAGAAGGCAGUGAGGGCUCCCGCAGUAGAAAGAGAAAGACCAAGAAAAGGAAGCGAACGUCUUCUGUUGGAAGUGUGGCAGCGUUGGGGGCUGAUUUUUCAGUGCUCAGUCCGAGCUUGGAGGACACGCUCUUUGACUCACUGGACGGGAAUGGUACCUUGACUGAAGAAAGUGUGAGACCCAGGCCACACGGGGGAAAGACCCAGGCCCGUUCGGAAGAGGCACACAGGUUAGAACCUACAAAUGAAGAAGAAAGCAAUUUGGAACUGGCUGAAGAUUCUGCAACAAAAUAUUUAUCCGAAGAUUCUAGAGCUUCAGGCGAUCUAGAUGUGGAUUUGGACUCCGCUGUGAGGCAGCUCCAAGAGUUCAUCCCGGACAUCAAGGACAGGGCGGCCACGACAAUCAAGCGAAUGUACCGGGAUGACCUGGGACGGUUUAAAGAGUUUAAAGCACAGGGUGUCACUAUUAAAUUUGGCAAGUUUUCUGUAAAGGAAAAUAAACAGUUAGAGCAAAAUGUGCAAGAAUUUCUAUCCCUGACGGGAAUUGAGAAUGCAGACAAGCUGCUGUACACAGACAGAUAUCCUGAGGAGAAGUCUGCGAUCACCAACUUGAAAAGAAAAUACUCAUUUCGAUUGCACAUUGGGAAGGGCAUCGCCCGGCCCUGGAAACUUGUAUACUAUCGAGCAAAGAAGAUGUUCGAUGUCAAUAAUUACAAAGGCAGGUACAGCAAAGGAGAUACGAAGAAGUUAAAGAUAUACCAGGCCCUCCAUGGGAACGAUUGGAAAAAGAUCGGGGAGAUGGUGGCUCGAAGCAGCCUCUCCGUUGCCUUGAAGUUCUCCCAGAUCAGCAGCGAAAGAAAUCAUGGUACUUGGAGUAAGACAGAGACCCAGAAACUAAUCAAGGCUGUUGAAGAAGUGAUUCUAAAGAAAAUGACUCCCCAGGAGUUAAAAGAGGUGGAUUCUAGACUCCAAGAAAAUCCUGAAGGCUGCCUGUCAAUUGUUCGGGAAAAACUCUACAAGGGCAUAUCUUGGGCAGAAGUAGAAGCUAUAGUAGAAACCAGAAAUUGGAUGCAGUGUAAAAGUAAGUGGACAGAAGUUCUAACCAAGAGGAUGACAAAUGGUCGGGAUGUAUUCCGUGGAGCUAAUGCCCUGCAGGCCAAAAUCAACCUGAUUGAAAGGUUGUAUGAAGUAAAUGUGGAAGAUGCUACUGAAAUAGACUGGGAAGACCUUGCUGGUACCAUAGGUGAUGUGCCUCCAACUUAUGUUCAAAGUAAAUUUUAUAAGCUGAAAGCUACCUGUGUUCCCUUUUGGCAGAAGAAGACUUUUCCAGAGAUCAUAGACUACCUUUAUGAGACGAGUCUACCUUUGCUUAAAGAAAAGCUGGAGAAGAAAAUGGCGAAAAAAGGCACUGAAGUCCAGUCUCCUGCAGCACCCAAGCAAGUCUUUCUGUUUAGGGACAUCUUCCAUUGUGACGAUGACAGCGAGGGAGAAGACAUGCAUGACAGAAGCUAAACGGGUGCUAUUUCUCGUUUGUUUUUCCAGGUUUAGUUAUAUUUAUAUGUGUGUCAGCUCAGCUCUUUUCAUUAUUGAGGUUUAUUAAAGAGAAGGUACAGCAGCCAAAGGAAGGGUGUGAAAACAAGUUUAUGAUGGGGCAUUAAAAUUUUAUUAACACAUUCAUAUUCAAGUGUGGUUGAAUGUGAAAAGAAAGAGGAGCACAUGAAUUGAUUGAAUAUUUCUGUACUGUUAUAUUGAAAAUAAUUACAGCUAAUGUUGUUUCUGAAACAGCAGUACCCAGGUUCCUCUGAUUGUAGCAGGAGGUAGAGUCACAUCCAGUGAACAAUGUGUUACACGGAUUCAACCAUGUGUGCACAGAGCAAAAAUGAGAACUUUAAUAGCUUGAGUAACAUGUGCCAUUUUGCUUUGUUCUCCCAGUUUAUGUACAUAUUCAUAACGUGGGUAAGUAUGAGAUGCAUGGGAGGGGGAAGCCGUGGAUCUGCUGUUCCCCCAAAGUGGUUUCAGUUCCCAUAUGCCUGUCGUAGUUUGUGAAUCACAUCUUCCUGAGUGUGACUCUACAGUUUAAAGAUAUGUAUUUUUCAUACAAGAUGCCCCGUCCAAGCCAGUCCCUGAAUUCAUCUCGUAUUCAACCAGGGGGAAAAAAAAAAACAGAAAAAUCCAGAAGUCUUUCCAUUGUUUCAGAAAAACUGGCUCUGUUAGGCUUAAUGAAAGAUGCCGUGCAGGUCUCAGGCACGACUCAGACCUAACCGGAUUCUGAGGAUAAUUUUGACGCUGGGCUAUCCCAUCAGUCAGGAAAGCAAAACCACUCUGGAUAUUUCAAACAGAGAUUUAAUAGAGGGAUUUGGGUUACAAAAUGAUUAAACAGGAUGAAGGAGCAAACGGGGGAAGGUUGAGUGUUACCCCACAGCGGGGAGCCGAGGGAAAGCCGCUCCAGCCCCUUGGCUGGCCGGUGCUGACGUGCCCCAGGUUCUCUGCAGAGUCUGGGCUGUCUGCAGCUGCUGCCCUUGGAGGAGCCCGUGCCGCUGUGUCCUCUUUCUGCCAUGUGGCCUCAGCAGGAACUGGUGUCUCCUUGGAACACAGCAACUUCUGCCUCCCUCCUGCCUUCUAGUCUCUCACCAGUACCUCCUGUAGCAGCCCCUUAGCAGAACCCUGCUGGCAAGGGAAGUAAGGUUUCUAGGCUUCUAGUCACAUCUGGGCAGGGGAGAGCAUAGGAGGGAAGGUGUUGGUGAGCAAUAAUCCAUACAAUGAUGGCACCAUCUAUGCCAGGGUGCAACUCUACCGUCUCCUGAGUGUUCUGUCUGCUGUCAUCCAUGUAACAUCAUCAUGUGCAAAGUUAGUUAGUUCAUCCGUAAAGCUAGAUAUUUUUCCAAACCUGCCGUGAUUGGAGAACAAAGAAAACAGAGAAACGAAUUGAGGAGUCCUUGGUCACCACUGUACCCCCAACACCUAUCACAGUGUUGUGCAAAUAAUAGGCAUUCAAACAUUCAGUUGGUACACGAAUGGUUUCUUUUUAGCAAGUAUGUGCCUUUAGUCACCUCUUUCUGUCUAUUAAACAUACCAAUCUCUGCUGAUGGGAGUAUAAAUUGUAUGUUCCUUUUGGAGAACAUUCUGGUAAAAGUCAAAGCCUUAAGAAUGCAUAUACUCUGUGAUCCAGCAACUUCACUUCAAGACCUAAAGAAAUAACAGAACUAGUGUAUAAGGAUGGCACAUUUAUAAUAUGAAAAAUAGAAAAAAAGUGAAUGUUCCUUAAUAGGAAAUUUGUUAAAUUAUGAUAUAUUCCUAGAAUGGGAUGUUAUGCAGUAAUUAAAAAUGAUACUGAUAGAUUUCGAUAACAUAAAAAGGCUAAGCAACAUUAUCAACUGACAUUUCAGAAGAGUGUAUUUUUUCAAUUUUGUAAAA